AUGGUCCCCAAUAGCAAACAGGGAUCGGCUGAAGAUGAUUGGUUGGGUUGGGUGUCUCCCGGUCCGGCCGGUGUGUCUGCCAGGUACGAGACCAGCGAUUCCCCCCUGGCCGCGGCCAUUUUCAAGGUGAAGGGAGUCAACGAGGUCCUGCUGGCCGCGAAGCACGUCACGGUCACGAAGACCCCUUCCUCCGACUGGAACCUCUUGCAGCCGAACCUCGAGCUGGUCAUCAGCCAGUUCUAUGCAGCGGGCCUGGAGGCGCUUAGAGAUGGAGUUCCUCGAACGGCACAGCGGGCGGACGCACAGGUGUUCGAUCCUGAGAGCAUCGAGGGGCGAAUUCUACAUCUUUUGGAAGAGCGUGUCAGACCCUUCGUGCAGCAGGAUGGCGGUGAUGUAGAGUUCGACCGAUUUGACAACGAUUCUGGGGUUUUGUAUCUGCGGAUGAUUGGUGCCUGUUCUGGGUGCCCGAAGUCGAGUGUGACCUUGAACAUGGGCAUCCGAAACCUCAUGGAGCACUACAUCCCGGAGGUCAAAGAUGUCCUACCGACUGAUGACUAG